GCUGGGGCAGAGUGUAUGUUGUUCUCCGAGCAAAGGCAAAGGCAGUUGCUUCUGUGAUGCGGACUCUAACUACUGUAGGUCUGGGGAAAUUUCUUCUGAAAGCGAACUUGACUCCUUCCUUCCCUCUGCCAUUGGCACUGUCGCUGUGAUUUAUCCUGACAGCUUGUCAUGCAUUUUCCUGCCUUUCAAAAAAUCACUGUAGAUUAAACCAAACUCAGGUAACCAUGAAUUUGGAAUCCAUACAUCGGCUAAUUGAGGAGACGCACAUCUUCCAGAGGCAGCCUUCAUCAUCAGUGAAAUCACCGACUACCAUGGUAACUACUGACUCUCUGGAAACCAGAGGCAUCUGGGAUUCUUCUAUGUCCAGCUGCAGGCAGCCACCUUAUGCCACCCAUGACAUCAGCAGCCACUCCCAUCAGAUGCACGACUGGGCCAUUGGUGAGGAGCUCCGGCUAAGAGAGCUGGAGGAGGUCAAGGCCAGAGCUGCCCAGAUGGAGAAGACCAUGCGUUGGUGGUCAGACUGCACGGCCAAUUGGAGAACCAAGUGGAGCCAAGUGCGAGCUGAGAGGAACACGGCCAGGGAGGAGGGAAGGCAGCUCAGAAUCAAGCUGGAGAUGACCUUGAAAGAACUCAGUGCUCUGAGAAAGAAACCAAACUUGCCACAUCGCCAAGGGGCGUUCGAAGCCAAUGUUACCCCAGAUCCUAAGCUUUUUGGUUUCAUAGAGGUGCCCGUGCCCCAUGCACAAAGGGACCAAUGCUCAAUUGAUUGGCAAGCACGUCAGUCUCCUAGAGAGUGCUUGGAAAUGAUGGGGCUUCUUUCAAAAGAGAAUGCAAAUGGCAAGGUAGAAGUUCUGAUUGACCCAAUAAGAUUACAUGAGAAAAAGAAACUUAAUAAUCCUGAUAUAUUCAAAAAUAGUAAUUCUGAAAGCUGUGCAAUUAAAUCUGGACAAAGACUACAAUCAGUAAAUGCAUCUUUGGAUAAUGAAGUGCCUGAAAUUUCAGACUCUCAAGAGCAUUUGGAUGAACUUCAAAAAAUAUUACAGAAGGAAGUAGAAAUGCGCUCAUCUUUGGAAAAAGAAAUAGAACAACUAAAGGCAGUGUUGUCGGUAUGGAAACAGAAGUAUGAGGAGUUAAAAACCUUGAAGCCACAACAAUCAAACAAGUUGAGCAUUCUUUUUGGUCAAGAAGAAAAUGAAAUGGGACACCUAUCAGGAGAUAAAAAGGAAGGACUGAAAUAUCCAAGCAGUAAGGAGAGAAUGGUCUCUGAGUUAAGAACAGAGCUAGAGAGAUUACAAGCAGAAAAUACCUUGGAGUGGGACAAGAGGGAAAUACUUGAAACAGAAAAACAAGGACUGGAGAGAGAAAACAGAAGGCUUAGGGUCCAGGUGAAAGAAAUGGAAGAGCUUCUGAACAGCACACACAGAAUAAGAGUGAACGCUCAAAGUGUCGACCUCAAGACUUCACAACGGGAACUACAGGAAAAAAAAAAGGAACUCUUGGACCUCCAGCAAGCCUACCACCUGCUAAGUCGACAGCUCCAGGCAAAAGCAGCAGAAGUAACGUGUGCAAACCAGUGGGUGGAUCAAAAUGAGGCUGAAGUGAAGAAACUGAGAUGCCAAGUGGAAAGAUUAAAGCAAGAGCUUCACCUAAAGGAAAAUGAGCUUGAUGAUUUCUUGAAUCAGAUACACAAACUGCAGAGAGCUUUGGAUGAACAGAAAGAAACAAAUGAAAACUUGGAAAUGGAACUGAACCACUUACAAAGCCAGUAAUUAUUUCACGAAAUAUGUUGAACUCAAGCUUGGCAUUCUCAGAUAAGAAUGUGUUGUAGUCCGUUGCUUUCUCAUAUUUUGUAAAUAACAGUAACAUUUUCAUUAACUAGAAAUGCCAAUUAAUGAGAUAUACGGACAGAACUUGAAUUAAUGGACUUUAUAGAUUUUAUUUUACAUUUUACUUAACAGAGGGGUGCAUGCUAUGAUAAAAACAAUCUAAAUGUCAUUGAAAAACAGUUCUGGUACUAAAUGGUGUAAAAUUUCUUCAAGCUAAGAGAAGCUUUCAGAACACAUUGUACAAAAAAUGUUGAAAUAUAUACAUAGAGAGAGCCAUUGUAUUGGAGUAACACUUCAUUAUUUGACAGGUCUAUGUAAAUAUAUUCUUUCUACAUAUUGUGUGGUAAGUGACUUCACUGUUGAUAGGCAGCAAUAUUUUGACAUAAUUCUACAUAGAAAAGAACACAGAGAUGCCAAAAAAUGGGAUUUUUGUUAUAAGAAGGCCAAAAGAAGGUAA